AUGCCCGCGGUAGCCCUCGCGGCAGCCGGCGCGCUCUUCCUGAGGGGCCUGGACGAGGUCACAGCGCAGCAGGGGACGCUGGAUGCCGCGCAGCUCGUGGCGGACAGUUUGGGGGUCAGCCUGGGCGUCUUCCUGUUCGCCCUCGCCGCCGGCGCGGUCCUGCUGGCGCGCCUGCUGCCUGCGCGGCCGCCGGCGGUGCACCUGGUGGACUUUGCGGUGCACCGCGCGCCGGACGAAUGGCGGCUGCCGCGCGACGGGCUGGUCAAGGUGUCUGAGGGCGUGUUCGCGCCGGAGGAUAUUGAGUUCCAGCACAAGGUCAUACACAGGUCUGGCCUGGGCGACGAGACCUGCGUCACGCCCGCCAUCGUGCAGCGCAUCACGGGCAUGUCGGUCGCUCGCGAGGAGUUUGAGCAGAUCUGCUUCUCGGCGGUGCAGGACCUGCUCUCCAAGACGGGCGUGGACCCCAAGCGCAUCCGCUUUGUGGUCACCAACAGCAGCCUAUUCAACCCCACGCCGAGCCUGAGCGCCAUGAUCAUGAACAAGUUCAAGAUGGGGCCCAAGACGCAGAACUUUGCCCUGGGCGGCAUGGGUUGCAGCGCGGGCGUGAUUGCGCUCGACCUGGCGAAGCAGCUGCUGGAGCACAACCCCGGGGAGUACUGCCUGGUGGUGUCGCACGAGAACAUCACCAACGCGCACUACAAGGGCCGCGACCGCGCGAUGCAGGUGCGAGGGGAUAGGCGGGGUGCGGGGCGGCCCCACACAGGUGUGCGCGGGUCGCGCGCUAUGUGCGGCAUGCGGUUGUUGUUGUGUUGCUAG